CAGCGUUGCUCCUCAGUGUGGUUGCUCAGAGCCGCUGGUCCGCCCCUCGCUCGCUGGCUGUGGGUCUGAGAUUUCUGCCUCAAGGGACAAGCGGGGAAACAUGUACAAAGUCUCCGGAAAGUAAGGUGCUGGAAGCCGGCGCAGAGGAGCACAGCUACCGCGGGCAGGGAGGGAUCCGGGGCGGAGGCUCCACACAUAUGUCCUGGGCACCUAUCCCGUGUGCAGCCUGACUAGAGCGGCCUCGGCGGCUGGGACCCCGGCAGCUGGCCAUAGCGCACCGGUCCGCCCGCCACACUACCUAUGUCCCGCAAAGCAAGCGAGAAUGUGGAGUACACCCUGCGGAGCCUGAGCAACCUGAUGGGGGAGAAGAAGCGGAGGAAGCAUGACGAGGGAGCCGGGGAGCGGAGCCUGAUCGCCGCCGACUCCUACACCAGCAUCAACAGCCAGGCCAGCGCCACUGCUGCCCCGAGCUCCGGAGAGGAGCUGGAGCGGGCGGCCCGCAGGCAGUUCCAGCAGGAUGUCACCCCGGCAUUCGUCUACGUGGUGUCCGUCUUCUCUGCCCUGGGAGGCUUCCUCUUCGGCUAUGACACCGGGGUGGUGUCCGGGGCCAUGCUGCUGCUCAAGAAGGACAUGAACCUGUCGGCGCUGUGGCAGGAGCUGCUGGUGUCCAGUACGGUGGGGGCGGCGGCGCUGUCUGCGCUGGCAGGCGGGGUGCUGAAUGGAGUGCUGGGGCGCAGACCGUGCAUCCUCCUGGCCAGCCUGCUCUUCACCGCCGGGGCCGUGGUGCUGGCCGCCGCUCCGGAUAAGGAGACGCUGCUCGGCGGGCGCGUGGUCGUGGGACUGGGGAUCGGUAUUGCAUCUAUGACAGUCCCAGUGUACAUUGCGGAAGCUGCACCGCCGCAUUUGAGAGGAAGAUUGGUCACAAUUAACACCCUCUUCAUCACAGGCGGACAGUUCUUUGCAGCUGUUGUGGAUGGUGCUUUUAGUUACCUUUCCAGAGAUGGAUGGAGGUACAUGCUUGGCCUUUCAGCUAUCCCAGCUAUACUCCAGUUCCUUGGUUUUCUUUUUCUACCUGAAAGUCCACGUUGGCUCAUUCAGAAAGGCCAAACGCAAAAGGCUAGAAGAGUUUUAUCACAAAUCCGAGGCGUUCAAACAAUUGAUGAAGAAUAUGAUGGCAUAAAGAAUAGCAUUGAUGAAGAAGAAAAGGAUGCGGGUGCAGGUGGACCUGUCAUAUACAGAAUGUUAAUCUACCCUCCGACACGUCGCGCUCUUAUCGUUGGUUGUGGACUGCAGAUGUUCCAACAGUUGGCUGGCAUCAACACUGUAAUGUAUUACAGUGCGACAAUUUUGCAGAUGUCUGGUGUGGAUGAUGACAGACUGGCUAUUUGGCUUUCUGCUAUUACCGCGUUUACAAACUUUAGUUUUACACUCGUUGGUGUUUGGCUUGUGGAAAAAGUUGGCAGAAGGAAACUCACACUUGGAAGCCUUACAGGUACAACAUUUGCCUUGAUUGUACUUGCUUUGGGUUUUUUAUUAUCUGCUCAAGUCUCCCCUCCAGUUACAUUCACACCAACAGAUCCCACCAGUCAAAAUUCUACUUGCUCAAAAUAUAGCUUUUGUAAUCGAUGUAUGUUAGAUCCCAGCUGUGGGUUUUGCUACAAAAUAAAUGGAUCGAAUAUUGUUGAUUCAUCUUGCAUUCCAGUAGAUCCAAAAACAACUGCGCAGUCAGCAUGGGGCAGAUGUACAAAUGAAACCAAAUCUAAAUCUGGUUCACAUUGGGCUUAUAAUUACUGCCCGACGUCAUAUUCAUGGACUGCGCUCUUCGGAUUAAUAUUGUACUUGAUUUUCUUUGCACCUGGUAUGGGACCAAUGCCAUGGACUGUCAAUUCUGAAAUAUACCCACUGUGGGCAAGAAGCACAGGAAAUGCAUGUUCCUCUGGAGUUAACUGGAUUUUUAAUGUCGUGAUUUCCCUCACGUUUCUACACACAGCAGAGUAUCUUACAUACUAUGGAGCAUUCUUCCUGUAUGCAGGCUUUGCUUCUGUUGGACUCAUAUUCGUUUAUGGCUGCCUACCGGAAACGAAAGGAAAGAAGCUGGAGGAAAUUGAAUCUUUAUUUGAAAACAGACUUUGUACAUGUGGUGCCACGGAAUCUGAUGAGGGGAGGUAUAUAGAAUAUAUUCGCGUAAAGGGAAGUAAUUAUCAUCUUUCUGACAAUGAUGCUUCUGAUGUGGAAUAAUUUUCCUCAGCAGAUGCAUACUAAUCAUUUAAAAGCCUUCUGGAGAAGGACAGCUAUAGGUGACCUCACAGUCCUGCUUCUGGUCUGGUUCUCUCAACUGAAAUCCUAUUUGUUACUGAUCUGGAAGGACAAUUGAGUGAUUGAAAUUCAGAUAUCUUUUUGUUUCUUCUUGCUUUCUUUCCAUAGUGUUAUUACAAAUGCAUUCAUCCCCAGCUCUGUACAGUAUAUACUGAAUUGAUAAAAUAUAAAGAUACUGGAUAGAUCUGUAAUUAUCAAAAAUCUUACUAAUACUCGGUUUUAAGUCUUCCUUUUGUUGAUGCCAUGAAUAGGAUUAUAUUCCUUCAAUUUAAACAGAAAUGCACACGAUCAAAUGGAUAUGCACAAAAACAUUAUUAUACAAAUCAUCAUUUGAUGCUUUAUAAAUAUAUGAACGGUGUUUGGCUGGAACUUUUAUAUAUAAUGUAAUAUAUAUAUGGUGAAAAUCAAACUGUAACAUUCCAAUACAAAUGUAAUAUCUGCAUACUAGUAACAUUCCAAGUAUGUGUCAAAUGACCAACACCUAAGGCUCCUUUCACACUCGCGUUUUUUGCGGAUCAGUCAUGGAUCUGUAAAAACGCUUCCGUUACAAUAACACAACCGCAUGUAUCCA